CCUUUAUAAGCACGGUCUUGAUGAAGAGUCAUUCUGCCAAACCUAGUACAUGGUGUAAAAAAACAACAACAAAAAACAUGCAUCUCAAAGUAGUGAUCUUCGCCUUGUCGUUUUUGACAACCACAGCAUACCCACUCCACCGUACCAGCAGAGAAGCAUCACAGGCCCUACAGGACAUAAUGACCAAUCAGGCUCAUGAGAAGACAGACCUCAACAAGGAAGUCAAUGGGAUGUGGAAGAGCCAUGUGGAGAGCAGCAACCUGUACACCCAGGACAGCCACAACCCCAUGGUGAGCGAGAUCAGGCACAAGCUUACCCUGGAGUCCGAGAGGCUGCGCGCCCGCCUUCGCCAGGAGCUCACGAAGUUGAGGGAGAGGCUCGCCCCGUACCCUGCCCACCCCCAGUCCAGCGAGUCCACCCUGGCCAGCGUGAGAAGUCGCCUGGCCCCCCUGACCAAGCAUCUCCAGAGCGCUGUGAACAGCAACAGCCAGGAGCUGUGUAGCCACCUCAGGCUCUACUUUCAGGGAUUGGAGGCUGCGGAAAGCCAGGCGGCGGCCGGACCCACCCUAUACCUAGAGGCCGUGCAGUGGAUCAGCCAGACCUUGGACGACAGCAGUGCCAAAAUGACCUCCAUCAUCCAGGACUUCAAAACCAAGACAUCCAGCGUGAUCAGGGAGCUCAAUGGUACCUUCCAGGGGGACUUCUGGCAGGAGGUGAACGUACGGCUGGGACAGGAGGUGCAGGCGUUGAGUCUGGAGGUCCAGGGCAGGGUGGGGGUGCUGAAAGCAAAGCUGGUCCGUCUCCUGCUGGCUCCACACCCCCUCAGGGCAGAGGUGUCCACCAGUAUGGAUCAGUUCUGCCAGAGCGCCGCCUUACAGGACCAGUUGUUCCAUGCCCGAAUAGAGAAGCACCUUCUGGGGCAGGAGUCACAGGCUCAGAGCCCCAGCGAGCCGCCCUCUCCACCUCUGGGCUUAUUGGAGGAGGACUUCUCUGCGAAACUAAGCGCUCUCCUCCAGGACAUUCUGCACACUGUCCAGUAAAAGCAGAACAGAACUUUCCUCAUAGCAAAAUGAGAGAGAAAGAACAUGGUGUCCCAUUAUAGGGUGCAUUUCAACUAUAUCGUUGUUUCUGCUCCUUGUGCUUAUAUAUAUCAACUCCUCUACCAUUGUAUAUACAGUACAGUAAGUAUAUAUGUAUAUUUAUGUUUUUGCUGUUGUUUAUUUCAUGUGGAUGAUUGUUGUAAGGCAUUUUAUAUUGUCAACUGUAAAUAAAGCUUGUGUGAAGUUUACAGUGUAAA